AGCUCAAAUUUUCUAGCUUCCAGAAAAUGGGAAAAGGAAGGAAGGAAGGAAGGAAUAAAAUGCGAAGUGGCACCCACACCUGGCUUUAAGACAGUCAUCGCUGAGAAGCGAUUAGGUUUUUCUUUUUACCAUUCUCUCUCUCUCUCUCUGGCAGGACUUGUUCUAUAAGAGAAAAUACAUAUGUUCGUACUUGAUGUUUGAUCCGGGGUGGUACAAUCUUUGAGAAAUCUGUGGUAUUUAGUAGUUUGCAUUGUUCUCUAUGGCGUGGUUUAGAGCUGGCACUAGUGUGGCAAGGCUUGCCAUUCGGAGGACUUUAUCUCAGAGUGGAUCAUACACAACUAGAACACGGGUCAUUCCUUCUCAGAGUCGAUAUUUCCAUACUACUGUCUUUAAGUCCAAGGCACAAGCUGCACCUGUCCCUCGUCCGGUGCCUCUUUCCAGGCUAACUGAUAGCUUCCUAGAUGGAACCAGUAGUGUUUAUUUGGAGGAGCUACAACGAGCUUGGGAAGCUGACCCAAGUAGUGUGGAUGAGUCAUGGGACAAUUUCUUUAGGAAUUUUGUGGGUCAGGCUGCCACAUCCCCUGGUAUUUCGGGCCAGACGAUUCAGGAGAGUAUGCGCUUACUGUUGUUUGUGAGGGCCUACCAAGUUAAUGGCCAUAUGAAAGCCAAGUUGGACCCAUUGGGGUUGGAAGAAAGAGAAAUUCCAGAGGAUUUAGACCCAGCACUUUAUGGGUUCACAGAAGCUGACCUUGAUAGAGAAUUCUUUUUAGGAGUGUGGAGAAUGGCUGGGUUUUUGUCUGAAAACCGUCCAGUGCAGACCCUUAGGUCCAUAUUGACCCGUCUCGAGCAGGCUUACUGUGGGAGCAUUGGCUAUGAGUAUAUGCACAUUGCAGAUCGUGAGAAAUGUAACUGGUUAAGAGACAAGAUUGAAACCCCAACUCCUAUGCAGUACAAUCGCCAGCGCCGUGAAGUUAUUCUCGAUAGGCUAAUAUGGAGUACGCAAUUUGAAAACUUCUUGGCCACCAAGUGGACAACAGCUAAGAGGUUUGGCCUUGAAGGUGGGGAAACUCUUAUUCCUGGUAUGAAGGAGAUGUUUGAUAGGUCAGCAGAUCUAGGUGUUGAGAGCAUAGUUAUUGGAAUGCCUCAUAGAGGAAGAUUGAAUGUUCUUGGUAAUGUUGUUCGAAAGCCACUCCGACAAAUAUUUAGUGAGUUUAGUGGUGGUACAAAGCCUGUCGAUGAAGUUGGUCUUUACACAGGAACUGGUGAUGUGAAAUAUCAUUUAGGAACUUCUUAUGAUCGUCCAACCAGAGGUGGGAAGAGAAUCCAUUUGUCAUUGGUUGCAAAUCCUAGUCACUUGGAAGCUGUGGACCCUGUUGUUGUUGGAAAGACUAGAGCUAAGCAAUUUUACUCCAAUGAUGAGCAGAGGACUAAAAACAUGGGAAUUUUGAUUCAUGGUGAUGGUAGCUUUGCUGGUCAAGGUGUAGUGUAUGAAACUCUACAUCUUAGUGCACUGCCAAACUACAGUACUGGUGGAACUAUACACAUUGUGGUGAAUAACCAAGUUGCUUUCACUACUGAUCCAAGGGCAGGCAGAUCUUCACAGUAUUGUACUGAUGUUGCCAAGGCUUUGAAUGCACCUAUUUUCCACGUUAAUGGAGAUGAUGUGGAGGCAGUUGUUCAUGCCUGUGAGCUUGCAGCUGAGUGGCGCCAGACUUUCCAUUCUGAUGUUGUGGUUGAUUUGGUGUGUUAUCGUCGAUUUGGACAUAAUGAGAUCGAUGAGCCAUCUUUCACACAACCAAAAAUGUAUCAGGUCAUUCGAAAUCAUCCCUCAUCUCUUGAGAUUUACCGAAAGAAACUUUUAGAAUCUGGGCAGGUGGUUGAAGAAGAUAUUCAAAAGAUACAAGAGAAGGUCAAUUCCAUCCUCAAUGAAGAAUUCUUGGCUAGCAAAGAUUAUGUUCCUAAAAGAAGAGAUUGGCUUUCGUCUCAUUGGGCUGGGUUUAAGUCACCUGAACAGCUUUCACGCAUCCGAAACACUGGGGUGAAACCUGAGAUCUUGAAGAAUGUUGGCAAGGCAAUUACAACUUUUCCUGAAAAUUUUAAGCCUCACAGAGCUGUAAAGAAGGUUUAUGAACAACGUGCACAAAUGAUUGAAACUGGGGAAGGAAUUGACUGGGCACUUGCAGAAGCUCUUGCUUUUGCAACUUUGGUUGUAGAAGGUAAUCAUGUUAGAUUGAGUGGCCAGGAUGUUGAACGAGGUACAUUUAGUCACCGGCAUUCAGUAGUUCAUGAUCAAGAAACCGGGGAGAAGUAUUGCCCUCUGGACCAUGUUGUCAUGAACCAAAAUGAGGAAUUGUUUACUGUCAGCAACAGUUCUCUUUCAGAGUUUGGCGUUCUUGGAUUUGAACUGGGUUACUCAAUGGAAAGUCCGAAUUCAUUGGUAAUCUGGGAAGCUCAAUUUGGUGACUUUGCUAAUGGGGCUCAAGUGAUAUUUGAUCAGUUCCUGAGUAGCGGUGAAUCAAAGUGGUUGCGUCAAAUUGGGCUUGUUUUGCUUCUUCCUCAUGGAUAUGAUGGUCAGGGUCCUGAACAUUCAAGUGCACGGUUGGAACGCUUCCUUCAGAUGAGCGAUGACAAUCCUUAUGUCAUUCCUGAAAUGGACCCAACUCUUCGGAAGCAAAUCCAGGAAUGUAACUGGCAGGUUGUAAAUGUUACAACUCCUGCUAAUUACUUCCAUGUCUUGCGGCGUCAGCUACACAGGGAAUUCCGUAAGCCCCUCAUUGUGAUGGCUCCAAAAAACCUACUUCGUCACAAGGACUGCAAAUCAAAUCUGUCUGAGUUUGAUGAUGUCAAAGGCCACCCUGGCUUUGACAAACAAGGAACCAGAUUUAAGCGUCUCAUAAAGGAUCAGAAUGACCGCUCUGAUCUUGAAGAGGGUAUCAGACGACUGGUUCUUUGCUCUGGAAAGGUUUAUUAUGAGCUUGAUGAAGAGCGCAAAAAGAAUGGUGCUCAGGACAUUGCAAUUUGUAGGGUGGAGCAGCUGUGUCCAUUCCCAUAUGAUCUCAUCCAGCGUGAGCUCAAGCGAUAUCCAAAUGCCGAGAUUGUUUGGUGCCAGGAAGAGCCAAUGAACAUGGGUGCAUACAAUUACAUUUCACCUCGCCUUUGCACUGCUAUGAAAGCACUAGGAAGAGGAUCUAUAGAGGACAUCAAGUAUGUUGGGCGUGCUCCCUCAGCUGCAACAGCCACUGGUUUCUACCAGGUGCAUGUGAAGGAGCAGACUGAACUUAUCCAAAAAGCCAUGCAACCGGAACCAAUAAAGUAUCCCUUCUGAAGCCUUUGCAAUCUGUUAAAUACAUAUUUUAAAGAGCAAUAGUGGGACAUCCAUUGAUAAAUUUCCCUUUGUGGAGGCUGGAUAUUGUUUGCAUAUCCUGUCGCCAUUUUUUUUUUGCCAAGGCAUAAUUGGUACUUCUAUACGAGUGUACGAGACUUCAAGAUAUGAUGUGACGCAUUUCUCAAGUAUUUUGUCUUUUGUUGUCAAAAAAGGGAUUAUAUGUAGAAGAGUUGCUGACAUAUCUCCAUUAUGCAUGUAUCAAUUGUGUCAUAUUUCUAAAGCAUUUUGCUGCUA